UAGUCUAUGUGACGUGGCACACACACACACACACACACAAACAUAACACACAAUCUGCUGAACUUCCUCAUCUUGCCUGCCUUCUCCUCUCUAACAAAGCAGAAACCUGACUCCACAAAUGUGGCUGCCAUUGCUGCUGUUUGGCCUCUUCCAGCCCUUGCUGGCCUAUGAAAUUGACUGGAAAAAGUUAGAAAAGAUGGCACGGGGAAAGGUGGAGACAUGCGGGGGAUGACAGCUCAACAGGCUGAGAGAGGUGAAGCUCUUCGUCCACGAGGACAUCCCUCUUUAUCACAACCUUGAGAUGAAGCAUUUACCUGGUGCAGACCCUGAACUAGUACUUAUAUCCUCCCACUAUGAGGAGUUAGAGAGAAUCCCACUAUCUGAAAUGAAAAGACAUGAAAUCAACCAGCUCUUGCAGGAUUUAGGGUUUUAUAAGAAAGAAAGUCCGGACUCCCCUGUGCCCCCAGAAUUCCAGAUGGCACCCGCAAAAACUAUUAAGGAAGAAACACCGGAGGUUGAAGAGAAGGUGGUCAAGGAGGAGGAUACCAAGGAAGAGUUGUAGGAGCUGGGUACACACACACUGAUUCUUUCUCUGCCACGUCUUGUGCCAUAGAAAGGAUUGCAG